AUGGAGCUCCCCGGGGCCGCCCUGGCUGUCCUGCUGCUCACCGCGGCCCUCUCUGCCCACUCCUGCUCGGCCAGCCGUGACUGGCUGCCUUUCCCCCUGAACAAGGACUUAGCAUGGUCUGUCCCGUCUCUCACAGUUGGUUCCAUCACCCCAACGGACUGCUGCUUCUCCUUCGUCUCCCGGCAGAUCCCGCGCAAAUUGGUGGACGACUAUUAUGAGACCAGCAGCCAGUGCUCCCAGCCUGGCGUCAUCUUCAAGACCAAAAGAGGCCGGCAGGUCUGUGCCGACCCCAGUGAGGACUGGGUCCAGGAAUACAUUACCGACCUGGAGCUGAAUCCCUGAGUGGCCCGGGAGCUGCAGGGAAGAUGUUCCCUCUACGGACAGUCGGGGAAGCAGGGCGAUGACCCUGGGGCUCCAAAAGGCACCUCUUCUGUGGGUCACACCCCUUCCCCAGCCACUCACAGGGGCCCUCCUUCACUUUAAUGUCUCCUAUUUAACCUCUGUCAUUUAUUUCCACCGUGGAAGUGUGUGAUGUCAUGCACACCUGCUCUGACCCCCAUCACCCUCUUGCCCACACAUCCCUCCCCUUCCUCCGUAACUGUCCUCACCCUCAGCACGUGGGUCAGUCACUGUGAUCGGUCCUCUCCUGGAGGCCAAACAGCAAAUGCUGGUCAAGUGGUUUUGCCCAGGACCGUGACUCAAAACGUUGAAGGCUCUUCUAUAAAAGGCAAACCAGCCUUUUC